AUGCACGACCCCAACCUCACCGACAAUGUCCACCCAGACGCAUCGCUGAACACCCUCUCCCUCCCGUCCCUCCUCCCCUACAUCAUCACCCUCACCCUCCUCCUCCUCCCACUAACAUCCACCCUACGCACACGCGCCGGCCCGCCAAAAGGAUGCCGACGCCUCGGCGCAACCAAGAGCAACAUCGACGACGAAUACGACCCAAAAUACACACAGGGGGUGCCGAGCGACAGCGUCGACGCCGACACGGGACUCCCAGCAUGGCGCAUCAAAGCGCUGUUCACGUAUCCGAUCAAAAGCUGCAAGGGCGUUGAGCUAGAGAGCGCAGAGGUGAUAACCACAGGGCUGAAAUACGACCGCCUCUUCUGCUUCGCGGAGUACAUCGAAUCGAAGCCCAAGCCAACCACCACCACCACCAGCACUGCCAGUCAUCAAGAACCAACAGGCCAAUGGACCGCGCGCACCCUCCGCGACCGGCACUUCAGCAGACUGGCCCUCCUGCGCCCCGAGAUCUGGAUCCCAGACCCUGAAAGCGCAGAAUACGACCCAUCCCUCCCAGAAAUCCAAUCCUCGGGCGUGCUCAUAAUCCACUACCCGCGCACCCUACCACCACCACUCAGCAACCUCCCCUUCCUCCCGGGCCUCUUCAACCUAGCAAUCAAGCUCGGUCUCCUAUCACCCGAACAAUCGAUCCGCAUCCCCCUCACCCCCCCACCAGAAUAUCCUCUAAGGGCCGUCAAAAUCUGGAAAGACACCCCCCACGCCCACGACUACAGCCAACACAUCCCGGCCUCCCUCCGGCGCUUCCUCGCCGACGAAACAACCACAACCCAAAAACCACUCGCGCUGUUCCGCGCAUCCGACGCCCACAACCGCGUGAUCCUGCGGAACGCACCCUCAAAGGAAACGCUGGGUUUCCAGACCGUCACGGGCUUUCAGGAUGCGUACCCGCUUCAUCUGCUGAAUCUGGCCAGUGUGAGGGAUGUGGCGCGGCGGUGUGCGGGUGAGAUUCCCCGGUUGAGUGUGCGGCGGUUUCGCGCGAAUGUGCUUGUGCAGGGGCCUGUGGCGUUUGAGGAGGAUGGGUGGCGGAGGAUUUUGGUUGGGGGUGACUCUAAUAGUAGUAGUUCUGGUGGGCAGGAAGAGCAAGGAGUCGAGAUCUAUGCGGCGUGUCGGACGCUGCGGUGCCGCUUGCCCAAUGUUGAUCCCGAUACGGGUGUGCGCCAUCGCGCGGAGCCGGAUCGCACCUUGAAGGCGUAUCGGCGGAUUGAUCGCGGGGAUCCUACUAAUGCUUGUUUGGGGAUGCAGUUGGUUCCUGCUGUUCGGAAUUUCACGCUGCGCGUCAAUGAUCCUAUCUCUGUCCUUGAGACUGGCGACCAUUGCUAUAUUAAGAUGCUGGCGCCUGGUGAAGUGGUCGAGGGCGUUUGA